GGCCGGAGCUGGAGGGGGAGGAGGGGAGGAACCUGAUCUCUCCGGUAGCGGAGGGCUGGAGGCAAACAUCGAGCUCCCCCAGAGCCGCCCGGGAGCAGGGAGGGCACCGCUACCCCGAGGGGCCCUCCCCGCGGGGCAGAUGAGUUCAAUAUCCAGAUUCUCUGAGCCAAGUUUUGGGAUCGCCCAAGCAGUCCAUCCUCCUGAAUUUUCGUAAGUUAUUGGAUUCACAACCCACUCCAUAUUUGAGAAGAUGGGGAUUGGAAUAAGGAACAUUUUAGUGGAUAAACCAAAUGACCAAUCUUCAAGGUGGUCCUCAGAGAGCAACUAUCCUCCCCAGUACUUGAUUCUGAAACUUGAAAGGCCUGCUAUAGUCCAGAACAUCACAUUUGGAAAAUAUGAGAAAACUCAUGUCUGCAAUUUGAAGAAAUUUAAAGUCUUCGGUGGAAUGAAUGAAGAAAAUAUGACAGAGUUGUUGUCCAGUGGCUUAAAGAAUGAUUAUAACAAAGAAACAUUCACCUUGAAGCAUAAAAUUGAUGAACAGAUGUUCCCUUGUCGAUUCAUUAAAAUAGUUCCACUCUUAUCCUGGGGACCCAGCUUUAACUUUAGCAUCUGGUAUGUUGAACUUAGUGGCAUUGAUGAUCCUGAUGUAGUACAGCCCUGUCUCAACUGGUAUAGCAAGUACCGUGAACAGGAAGCCAUUCGCCUUUGCCUAAAACACUUUAGACAACACAACUAUACAGAGGCCUUUGAAUCGCUGCAAAAAAAAACCAGGAUUGCCCUGGAACAUCCCAUGUUAACAGAUCUACAUGAUAAACUGGUGUUGAAGGGUGAUUUUGAUGCUUGUGAAGAAUUGAUUGAAAAAGCUGUAAAUGAUGGUUUAUUCAAUCAGUAUAUCAGUCAACAAGAAUAUAAGCCACGAUGGAGUCAAAUCAUUCCCAAAAGCACCAAGGGUGAUGGAGAAGAUAACCGACCAGGAAUGAGAGGGGGCCAUCAGAUGGUUAUUGAUGUUCAAACAGAGACCGUUUAUUUGUUUGGUGGCUGGGAUGGAACUCAAGAUCUUGCUGACUUCUGGGCGUACAGUGUGAAGGAGAACCAGUGGACAUGUAUCUCUAGAGACACUGAGAAAGAGAAUGGUCCUAGCGCCAGAUCAUGUCAUAAGAUGUGCAUUGACAUUCAGCGAAGGCAAAUCUACACAUUGGGGCGUUAUUUGGAUUCCUCUGUGAGGAACAGCAAAUCUCUGAAAAGUGACUUCUAUCGUUAUGACAUUGACACAAACACAUGGAUGUUACUCAGUGAGGAUACUGCUGCUGACGGAGGGCCAAAAUUGGUGUUUGAUCAUCAGAUGUGUAUGGAUUCAGAAAAACAUAUGAUCUACACCUUUGGUGGUAGAAUUUUGACAUGUAAUGGCAGCGUAGACGACAGCAGAGCCAGUGAACCACAGUUCAGUGGGUUGUUUGCUUUCAACUGUCAAUGUCAAACUUGGAAACUUCUUCGAGAGGACUCCUGUAAUGCUGGGCCUGAGGACAUCCAGUCUCGGAUAGGACACUGCAUGCUAUUCCACUCAAAAAAUCGUUGCUUAUAUGUAUUUGGUGGCCAGCGAUCGAAGACCUAUUUGAAUGAUUUCUUUAGUUAUGAUGUGGACUCUGAUCAUGUAGACAUAAUAUCAGAUGGCACCAAGAAAGACUCUGGAAUGGUUCCAAUGACAGGAUUCACACAGAGAGCAACCAUUGAUCCCGAACUGAAUGAAAUACAUGUCUUAUCUGGACUCAGCAAAGACAAGGAGAAGAGGGAGGAGAAUGUCAGAAAUUCAUUCUGGAUUUAUGACAUUGUGAGGAAUAGUUGGUCUUGCGUCUAUAAGAACGAUCAAGCUGCAAAAGAUAAUCCAAGUAAAAGUCUUCAGGAGGAAGAGCCAUGUCCAAGAUUUGCCCAUCAGCUUGUAUAUGAUGAGUUACAUAAGGUUCACUAUUUAUUUGGUGGGAAUCCAGGAAAAUCUUGCUCCCCAAAGAUGAGAUUAGAUGACUUCUGGUCACUGAAGUUAUGUAGGCCUUCAAAAGAUUACUUACUGAGGCACUGCAAGUACCUGAUAAGAAAACACAGGUUUGAAGAAAAGGCCCAAAUGGAUCCCCUUAGUGCUCUGAAAUAUUUACAAAACGAUCUUUAUAUAACUGUGGAUCAUUCAGACCCAGAAGAGACAAAAGAGUUUCAGCUCCUAGCUUCUGCUCUAUUCAAAUCUGGUUCAGAUUUUACAGCUCUAGGCUUUUCCGAUGUGGAUCACACCUAUGCUCAAAGAACUCAGCUCUUUGACACCUUAGUAAAUUUCUUUCCUGACAGCAUGACUCCUCCCAAAGGCAACCUGGUAGACCUCAUCACGCUGUAACUGAAGAGUCACUGGACAGAAAUGGAGAACGUCUGAUUUCAGUAUUUUGGAGUCCAACUCUGUUGACCGACAAUUAGGCUGCAGUGAUUGAGGACUGCACCAGAAUUUUGAAGGGAUCUUUACUGUCACAAGUUUUAACCCUCUUCCUUCAUACCUGACCUCAGCCCCUUUCUCCUCAUCCCAUUCCUGAAUUAGGCUAAUAAAGUGAAAUUGGUAUACUUUCCAUUUAAA